AUGACCACCGCCUUAACCUAUCUAAAAGAACACAACACUCACUAUGCCGACGUCACCAUCUCGCCAGCACAACAGGCCCCUACACUCGCAGCCCAAAGUCCACCACCGAAUCCACCUGUUGAAAACGACGAACAAGGUAGCACCCUUCCUACAGCAGCUAACCACAACUCCAAUGAUCCAACCCCAAGUGAAAAUGGUCAUAACAACCCCACCGAUACAGACGUCAUCAGAACAAACAAUGACACAUCCAAACCACUCGAUGAAAUAAACAGCCAAGAUGAACACACAAAUGAACUCUUCCAAACCUCAUUGCAACCAACCGAUAUAGCACAACACUACCUUGACACCACUGACCCCGGUGUUUACUGCCUUGCACCAGGAGAGGGUAGAACACCCAUAGGUAUAUUCACCUGGCCAAACUGUGAGCAACAAUCUUUUCCUCUUCAGUUCCCUACUGGACAAUUUGGAUUCAAUAUACAGCGCGAUACCAAACUCUCUCUCUCCAGAUAUUACAAUAGCCGCUUGUUUAGUGUCGACAACCGUUUUGCAUCUGAUCAAAACUAUAUUUUCUUUGCCCAGUAUACUAGUGAAAUUAACAAUAUUCAAUCUAACAUCUCCAUUGCAAUGCGCAAAGGAACUAGGAAAACAACAGAUGGUCAUACAAUAACAUCUGCAGAUCUAGUCGACAAAGCCUCUUUAAAGCAACUUCUCAAACAGGCCGACGCUUAUCGCUUCCUACAACCAGUUCGUGGUACACCACCUUAUUGGGAAAAAACCAUGAAAGACCUAAUAGCCAUGAUUCAACAAUUAGGCAUCCCUACAUGGUUUUGCAGCUUCUCUGCAGCAGAUCGUCGUUGGCCGGAAAUUACCCAAGUCAUUCUUAAGCAACAAGGAAAACCAAUCCCUGAUAAUAUAACGUGGAAACACCACCAAGAUAUCAUUGCAAGCAACCCAGUGACUGCAGCUCGCAUGUUCGAACACAGGGUUGUCUCAUUCAUUUCCAACGUCAUUCAAAGCCCAGCAGAACCCAUUGGUCACGUAAAGAACUACUUUUACAGAACAGAGUUCCAACAAAGAGGCUGGCCACAUAUACAUAGCUUAUUUUGGAUAGAGGAUGCCCCAAUCUUUGACCACCAUACUGACUUAGAAGUCACAACCUUUAUUGACAAAUACAUCACCUGCCAAAUACCAGAUGCAUCCCUUGAUGAGGAACUGUUCAAUAUCGCAAGCAAAGUCCAAAAGCAUAGCCCAAGCCACACCGACACUUGUCGAAAAGGGAACCGCAGAUGUCGCUUCAAUUACCCACGUCCACCAAGCACCAUUACCUUCAUAGCACGCCCUAGACCUUCUGAUGAUAUCACUGACCAACAGAAACAGGAGGCCAAAGACAAUAUUUUGAAGGUUCGUGCUGCAAUUGAAGCAAAUCAGCCUGACAAAAACCCCUUUGAAGAAGCCAACAUAACAGAAACUGACUUUCGAGAAAGCCUGGAUAUUGUAUCGAAGAGAAACACAACAUUCCUGAAGAGGACUAAUGAAGAUUGCUGGGUAAAUCCCUACAACCAGCACUUAUUACGUGCCUGGAAUGCAAAUAUGGACAUACAAUAUGUACUUGAUGCCUACAGUUGUGUUAUGUACAUUGUUUCGUAUAUCAGCAAAGCCGAGAGGGAAUUGGGGCAUCUUCUAAAAGAAGCAGAGAAAGAAUGUAAGCAGAAUAACCUAGAAGUAGCUCAAGAAAUGAAACGUCUAGGUAAUGUCUACCUCAACCACCGUGAGAUCAGCAUUUUAGAAGCCGUAUAUCGCGUCUGCGGUAUGCCAUUGAAAGCAUGCACCACAGAAGUCACCUUCAUACCAACUGAUAAAGACAACAUGCGCAUCACGCUGCCACUCCAUGUCAUCGAACACAACAAUACGAACAACGAUACUGGUGUUUGGACCAAGAACAUAGUCGAUAGGUACGCUGCCCGCCCAACACAAGCACCAUUCUCCACAAUGAGCCUAGCAGACUUUGCUGCCCAUUAUCGCACCGUCAACAAGCCUGACAAGAAUGCCACAGAUGACAUGCCCGACAAUGAAUUGGACAACAACAACAACAACAACUUACCAAAAUACAAGUUACAAGGCAACCUCGGCUACAUCCAGAAAAGAAAAAGUAAAGCAGUCAUUCGUUUCCCAAAAUUCAAUGCUGAAAAGGACCCUGAAAGAUAUUAUGAAAACCUUCUCCGUCUAUAUCUACCACACCGAGAGGACAAAGACCUGAAACCAAACCCCUAUGAAACACAUGAGGAACACUUCAACCUAGGACAAUAUCAGGGUGAACAGGUCAAAACUGUCAUUAAAAACCAGCAAGCAAUAUAUCAACCCAACAAAGCCACCAUUGAUGCUGCCCUGGAGAUGCUAGCAGAAAACCAAGACCAAGAAGAUGCCUGGGCAGAAUUAGCCCCAGAUGCUGAACAACAAAGAAAACAAGAUGAAGCUGAAAAAGAACCACUAGAUGACACGUCAGAUCUAGAAGAUGUACUUGAAUUGGAACAGCCAAUAGGCCUACACAAUUCUAGUCACACGCCAACCCCACAAGUACAUGCCAGUACAACCAUACCUACUGUCAACGAACAUCCCCAACCAAAGCAUCAUAUCAAAGAAAUGAUCAACAACCUCAACCAGAAACAGAGAGAUCUCUUCGACUACAUCAGCUGGUGGUGUCACCAAAGAGCCCAAGACCCAGAAUAUCCGCCAUUCCACAUAUUCCUCUCAGGAGGAGCAGGAACAGGAAAAUCGCACCUUAUUCACUGCAUUACCCAUGAGGCAGACAAAAGACUAAAAAACAAAGUAUCACCUACUGAAUCACCUGCAGAUAUCAAAGUUCUGGUUUUGGCUAGUACAGGCCCAGCAGCCAAAAACAUUGGCGGACAAACAGUACACGGUGCCCUCAAUGUACCAAAAGCAAUCAGAUUACCUUACAAGGACCUUACCCAAACAACCAUAAACACUCUGAGAUCAAGAUUGGCCAAUAUUGAACUAGUCAUUAUUGAUGAAAUUUCCAUGGUGAAUCAGACUUUAUUCACAUAUAUACAUGGCCGCUUGCAACAAAUCAAAAAAACAUCUUCACGCCAAGAACACUUCGGUAACAUCGCAGUCCUUGCUGUAGGUGACUUCCAUCAGCUGCCACCCAUCAUCAGACCAGCCUUAUUCACAGACUUGCAAGGUCCAAAGAACUUGAUGAGACACUUCUCUCUUUGGGAACUGCAGGAGAUCAUGAGGCAAAAAGACGACCAACCCUUUGCUGAAAUGCUAAAUCGCAUGAGAGUCAAGGUCAAAGAUAAACCUAUGGAAGAAAGAGACCACAAAAUGUUACUGUCUGCCAUGAACAAACCCAUCCCAAAAGACACACUGCAUAUAUUCCCCACUAGGAGAGAAGUCCAUGCUCACAACCACAACCUACUUUUCUCCAACUGUUCUAACAUUCAACACAUACCAGCCUUAGACAUCUACAAAUCAACAAAAACAACAACAACAAUUAAAAAACCCAAGAAAGUAGAACCACAGAACCAAGUAAUUCCCCAACAGUCUGAUGACUUAUACCUAGCUGUAAAUGCAAAAGUCAUGCUAAUACAGAACCUCGAUGUCCAAGACGGAUUAGUCAAUGGUGCUCAAGGAUUCGUAGCAGCCAUACCACCACCAGAUCCCACAACAAACCUUCCACCCUACAUAUGUGUGACCUUCAAAGAUAACAACACCGGUCUAGCCACUAUGAAGAAACAAAGAACUAACCACAACAUUCCACCAAACACAGUCAUGAUAAAAAGGCAACCACAAAUGGAACAGCCAAAUGCAAAACGUUUCAUACGUCACCAAUUCCCACUACAACUAGCAUGGGCAUGUACAGCACAUAAAGUACAGGGUAUCAGCACAAGUCAUGCAGCCAUCUCACUCCAAAGAACAUUCUCUGCAGGACAGGCAUAUGUUGCACUAAGUCGGGUCACAUCAUUAAAAGGUCUACAUCUGCUUGACGAUGCACUCAGCAAGAUAUACUGCAACCAAGCUGUAACCGAAGCAAUGAUCAACAUGCCCAUAGCAGAUCUGACACCAUCACAACCUAUCACAAACAUUCCAGCAACAGAGUACUUCAUCAUCGCACAUCAAAACAUUGAAGGACUACAACAGCACAAAUCAGCAAUGGCAAAAAACAGUCAAAUCAAACAAGCCAACAUCAUAUGUCUUACUGAAACAUGGUUACAACACACUGAUAUAACAAAUUCAAGUGUGCAACUACCAAACUAUACAUUCAGUCAUAACCCACGCAACAAAUGCUAUAGCACAGACGAACCCAACAGUUCAGCUACAUCAUUCAUCAACAAAUCGAAAGGGGGCGUUGGUCUAUACAUCAAAACAGACCAGCAACAUGCCAUAAUAACGUACAACGACCUCAACAUUGAGCAUAUAGUACUACGAAGCCAAACACCAACAUUGACAAUCGUCAACAUCUACAGACCCCCAACUUACAACAUCACAGACUUCCUGCCACACUUCCUAAAACUUCUCCAAACCACAAUUGCUGGAAGUGAAACAAAUGAACCAAUCAUUAUAGUUGGGGACUUCAACCUAGACUUGAACAAACAACCACAAAACCGAAUAACAGAUAUGCUUGCAGACUACGGCUUUACCCAAAUGAUACAACAAACAACCACCAAAGGCCACACCCUCCUAGACCAUAUCUACCAACGCUCCACACCAUACAACACAAUAUUCGGAGUAUGCCACACCCACUACAGUUACCACAAUAUCACUUAUGCUGCCAUCCCCAACCCAAAGGCACCCCCCUUAGAAUAG